AUGGAGCAUUUACUAGUAGUUGCUAAUGAAGAUAAUAAUGACAUAACUCAUUCUGAAUAUAUUGAUCAAAGCCAUAAUAAAAUGCUUGGAAAUUCAUUGAAUGUUCUAGAUCAUCAUGGAAAACAAUGUUGUGUUGAAAGUUUAAUUAUCAGUAGUCAAUAUGAAGAUAAAUUGAUUAAAACUUUUCGUUUCAAGCGCUUUUAUUCAGUAUGCUGUUGGUUAGUCGUAAUCAUUUUCAUAACAAUAGCUUAUGUAACCAAGACAAACUAUCUGGAAUAUUCAAAUAAACCAAUUAUGAAACAGACCCAACAUUGUUUCGUUUGUGACAAUUAUGCAAGUCUAUCAGAAAGUUCUGGUCUUCGUCCUGGUCCGGGGACCGGAUUAGCAUGGUUUGGUGGGAAGCCCGUAGUUGGCGGUUGGACCAGUAUAUCUAGUAAUGGAAAUCAUUUAAGAAAUGGACUAACUAGUUUACAAAUAUCAAGACUGUGUUCAGAAAGAGUAAACCGUUCGGCAAUCAAAUUGCUUAUUGAUUCAAAAAAUUAUGGAAGAUGUGAAAAUAUAAAUUAUAAUGGAUGUGCUAAAAUUGUGACGAAAAGUUAUAGGGUUCGACCACAACUCGGCGUGCCAACACUAACUGCUGUUGUUGUAUCACGUACAUGUGCCGCUAUCCCAGAAGGAUAUGGUGUUGGUUGUUUUCAUUCAGUUGGUGGUGCUGGAAUGCGACGAACUCUAUGCUAUUGUCGAGGUAACUUUUGCAAUUAUUCUGUCAAAACCAAACAAAUUAACAAAUAUUUUAUUAUUAUUCUUGUUUUGAUCAUUUCUACUUUUCAGUAA